UGGGUGUGUAAGGAAGUGCUUGGCUCUGAAAAAGUUGCAAGAAGAGGAGAUGAAGUUACACCAGAGCCACUCUGGUUUAAGAACAUGGUGCCAAGCACACCUGGCAGAAUUAAACCAUCAACAAAAAGACAGAAAAUCACUAAUGUGAGAUGAGAAUAAGUUAGUGCAAGAGAGGAGACACUCCUGUGCUAUCGGAAUCCCCGGACCUGCAGGUAGCUGAGGCUGUGGUUUGCAAGCAGAAUUCAGCCAGCUGCAGCCCUUUCUGCUUUUUGCUGAGAUUCUCUGGUGAAAUGUUCAGAAAAUAAGGACUGAGGCAGUACAAUGCGCAGCAGCAGAUCAAAACACAAUAGGUACUGGCAAAGUCCCCUUUUACCAGCAGGCUUGAUUCAAGGGCCUGAGAUAGCUCAGUAAUUACAGUGCUUUGUAUAACCUUUAAUCUUAGUUUAGCCUUAUGUUUUUAAUUCACACAGUUACAGAGAUAGAAAAGCCCUGCCUCAGCACUCUCUGUUCUGCCCAAGUCCAAAAACAUGAACUCAAGAGCCAAGAUUUUAACCUGGUUUUGUAAGAGACCGUGAUGAGUCUGUCAUGAUGUGUUUAUGUUUACACCUCAUCUCCUGUCCUCCUUCCUUCCUCCCUAUGCUUAAGUUUUAUCCAAAUGGCCAGGUUUGCCAGAGAGUUGGGAAUAGCCACGAUGCCAGAACUGGGAACAGCCAAAAUACCAGAUUCCUACAAGUGUUACGAAAAAAAAAAAACCCAACCAGAAACCCAGCCAACCAGGAAGAGGAGAGGAAAUUUAGCAAUGACUCCGGAUGGAGACAGGAGUACAAAUUCAACCUUCACAAGCCACUGGGGAACCCACACAGAAGUUGGCCAUGGCCGUGUGGAUCCCUUUUCAGCCACACAGCAACCACACUCAGUUCUUUCAAAUUGGCAAAAAUCAGGAUCAGUUGCAAAAAGAUUUUAAGCUGGUGGCUCAGCAAUGGGUUAAAUCAGUCCUUUUUAGGUCACCUAAAAGUUAGGGUCUGCACUGUGGACCCACGCAGCCAGUGAGCUGCCAUGUCCUGCUGUGCCCAACUAGAGACAUGGAACCCCCCAGCUUUCCAGAAGACAGGCCCAAUGGCUCUACCUGUCUGGGUGCCACAAUGCAUAACAUUUAUAAUAUUUUUUUAAUCUUGCCUUCUGUCAGCUAUCAAGUCAAUGAUUAACCCCCUCCAAGGACAUCUUCCAAAAGGCUGACUGAGCGGCACAGCCCACAGUGGGGAGCUUCAAGGGACAAUUGUGCAAUACAAAACAAACACAUAAAACAAAACAAAACAAAACAAAAAAAUGAAGAAGAAAAAAAAAAAAGACAUUUCUGCUGUAUGUUUGACCUGAGCAUGCCCCAGGGAACCUUAACUAUUUCCUGCAUCCCUUUGGUGCCAGGCACUGUACAAAGAGCUGAAGAGCCUCCCUUGGCCCUGUGCAGUCCCUGUGCCUGUCGCGCAGGCCCUAAGCGCCCUUUGCCUCCAUUUUGCUCUAUUUUUGCUUUAGCCAGCACACUGCGGGUCACACUGCAACCAGUACUGGUUGGUGCACGUUGUGUUUGGCUUUUUGGGUGUGCUUGAAGAGCCCCCCAACACCCCCCGGAGCCCCAUCAGCGUGACCAGGCUCUGUCUGCCUGCGGCUGCCUCAGCUCAAGGCAGGUCCCUGUGCUGGGGGAGCAGCAAGAGGGGACCCAGACCCCAAAAGCAGCUCAGGGGAAGAGCAAACCCUUUCCACACGCAUUUGGCUGUUGGUUUUCCCUCCUGCUUCUUUUUUCCUCCUCAGAAAGCAGUGCCAGCCACCCCCACUGCCAUCGCGAGGCAGAGGCAGCAUCAUGGACCCCUUCCAGGAGGUGUUUCAGAAGUUGGAGAAGAUUGGGGAGGGCACCUAUGGCGUGGUGUACAAGGCUCGCAACAAGCGCACGGGGCAGCUGGUGGCCCUCAAGAAGAUCCGCUUGGACUCGGACACAGAGGGUGUCCCCAGCACUGCAAUCCGAGAAAUCUCACUGCUGAAGGAGCUGAAGCACCCCAACAUAGUCAGGCUCCUGGAUGUCAUACACAGCCAGAAGAAGCUUUAUCUGGUGUUUGAGUAUCUGAAUCAGGACCUGAAGAAAUACAUGGACUCAUCCCAAACCAGAGGGCUUCCUUUAAGCUUGGUCAAGAACUACCUUUUCCAGCUGCUGCAGGGUGUGAGCUUCUGCCACUCACACAGAGUCAUCCACAGGGACUUGAAGCCGCAGAACUUGCUCAUUAACGAAGCAGGAGUAAUCAAGCUGGCUGAUUUUGGACUGGCAAGAGCUUUCGGCGUCCCCCUGCGCACAUACACUCAUGAGGUGGUGACUCUGUGGUACCGAGCCCCUGAAAUACUGAUGGGAUGCAAAUACUACUCAACCCCUGUGGAUAUCUGGAGCGUUGGCUGCGUCUUUGCAGAAAUGGUGACCAGGAAGGCCCUGUUUCCAGGGGACUCCGAGAUUGAUCAACUCUUCCGGAUCUUUCGCACUCUGGGCACUCCCACCGAGGCGACCUGGCCUGGAGUGACCCAGCUGCCUGACUACAAGGAGAACUUUCCCCAGUGGGCAAGGAAGGAGAUGAUGGAAAUUGUUCCCAGCUUAGAUCAAGAUGGUAGAGACUUACUGGUGCAAUUGCUCCUGUAUGAUCCCAGCAAGCGCAUCUCGGCCAAGGCAGCUCUCAGUCACCAGUACUUCUUCCGGAGAAGCCCUCGGAAGCCUGACGAGCAACGUGUGCUGCAAAAACGCUGUAGAUGAGAAGACGCAGUUGGGACCCCAGGUCUCCCUUCUCCUGACGAGCUUGGAGGGGAUAUUCUUGCAUUUAGAAACUUUCAGCCUGUUGCUGGGGGAAAAGCUUAGUUACAGCCAGUAGAGCUCUUUUAACUGUCAUGCGCAAAGCGGGGGGGGGGGGGGGGAUAUUUAUCAGCGUAAAACACUGAAAUGUAGGUGAGAGAGGAUCUUUCAGAGGUUUGUCCUUGUAUUAGCGAGCUAAGGUGACACAGUGAUGUCUGUCCAGCACUGGAGCAUUCCCAGGUGUGCCGGUGGCAGUUUCUGACAGCAGGGUGUGCUGGAACUCCGCUGUGGGGAGGGGAGCACUUCUCUGCUUCGCUGCUGUUGCCGAAGACUGGGCUUGGCAGCCCUAGACGAGUUGUUUAAUCUGAGCUGUUUAACAGAGCUGACAUUCUGCUCUUUCGCAAGCUGAAGUGCGCUAUAUGAUGUCUUAAUUUGUACCUUAGCUGGGACCAAGAAUCUGAAAGAUCCAGUCAACAUAAAGCACUUGUUGCAUAUGGCUGGAAACAGAAAACAGUAAUAGCUAGAACACUGGCUGCCCACCAUCAGUCUAGACAUAAUGCUGUUUCCUUCACUUUGUUAUCUUGAAAAUGUUUGUUGCUGUUCAAAUGAUUGGAGAAUUGUCCCUAACUUUUGGUGUGGUUUUGACAUCUUUUCUUUUUCUUUUCAGUACAGAGGAAAAAUAAAGGUUUGUCAUUUGUUCAGAAGCCUUGGCAUUU